UGUCGUGGGGUUGAGUGGAGAGAGAGAAAGAGAGUGGCACACAGGCUCUCGCUACAAGUCGACGCAAUGGGAGCGUUUUGAGUGAGAGACGCGCGGCAUGAGUUGUAGCUAAUUUCAGAGUUUUUAAUCAGUAAAUACCUUUUAUUAGGCAGCCGAGUCAGUCCAUUUUACUUCCGUUAGUUUGAGGCGGUAUUUUUAUUCCAUUGCAACAUACGUCCCGCAGCGAAUUAUUAUCGGCAAGUUUAGUUUACACUCCUGGGAGCUCAGUAUUGAACAAGUGUUUUAAACUGGGAUAAACUGAAGCAGGAUGUACCAUGAAGAAAACUCAAAUUCACUUCACAGGCCACGAUAUGGAUCCAUUGUGGAUGACGAGAGGCUCUCGGCGGAGGAAAUGGACGAGAGGAGACGGCAAAACAUCGCCUAUGAAUACCUGUGUCACCUAGAAGAAGCGAAACGGUGGAUGGAGGCGUGUCUGGAGGAAGAGCUGCCACCCACCACCGAGCUUGAGCAGGGCCUGCGGAAUGGCGUCUACCUCGGCAAACUCGGCAAGUUCUUCGCGCCCAAGAUGGUGUCCGAGAAGAAGAUCUACGACCGCGACCAGACCCGCUACCAGAAAAGCGGACUUCACUUCCGGCAUACGGACAAUACGGUGCAGUGGCUGAGGGCCAUGGAGUCAGUGGGGCUGCCUAAGAUCUUUUACCCUGAAACGACAGACGUGUACGACCGCAAAAACAUGCCCAAGGUGAUCUACUGCAUCCACGCAUUGAGCCUCUACCUGUAUAAACUUGGUAUUGCGCCGCAGAUACAGGACCUGUUGGGCAAAGUGGAUUUCACAGAGGAGGAGAUCAGCAUCAUGACGAAGGAGCUGGAGAAGUACGGCAUCCAGAUGCCCACCUUCAGCAAGAUUGGUGGCAUCCUGGCCAAUGAGCUCUCAGUCGAUGAGGCAGCGCUGCACGCGGCGGUGUUUGCCAUCAACGAGGCCGUUGUGAAGGGCCAGGCGGAGGGCACCAUGCAGGCCCUGGGCAACCCCAACGCCAUGCUGCGGAGCCUGCAGAGCCAGUUGGCCCAGGACUACCAGGACGCACUCAGCACCGCCAAGACGGCCAAGGAGGCACAGGCAUUGGGACGGCGUUCAUCCAUAUCCUCAGAGGAGAGAGACGUGUAUGAGGAGCUGCUGACACAGACGGAGAUCCAGAGCACCAUCAACCUGGUCAACACACAGUCGGCAGUGCGGAGGGUGAACCAGGCCAUUGAUGCCCAGGACGAGGCCUCUCUCCUGGCUGCCCUGCAGCUCCCUGCCCUGGGCCUGGUCGGGGUCUCUCCGGACCACGGCCACUAUUACCUGGAACACCUGAAAUCCCACAAGGACCACACCAGCCAGGACGCUGGAUAUGCCGUCCAGCUGGAGAGGGAAGAGAUCCAGAGAGUCAUCAGCUCCUGUAACGACUUUGCCGAAGCCGAGAAGAAAAAGCUUGAGGUCAUUGAUGCCAUCAAUGCUGCCAUCCGUCUGGGGAAUGCGGAGGUGACGGUGGAGCUGCUGAUGAAGCCCGAGGCCCAGCUUCCCAUCGUCUACCAGAGCGCCUCCAAGCUCUACCAGAACGAGCUCUUCAGCCUGCAGAUCCAGGGCAACAGGGACACGGCUGACCUGAGUCACGAGGAGCUGUGUGUUGCCGUGGAGAUGCUGUCUGCGGUGUCGGUCCUGAACGAGGUCCUGGACACCAAGGACCCGGUGGCCGUCACCGAGCUGCUGUGCGACUCCCCCCUGGGCUUCAGCAACAUGGACCACGAGAACAUGCAGAGGUACGCAGACACGCUGAUCAGCCUGAGAAUGGAGGCCUUAGCGCAGGGCCAAGAGUUCCUCAGCUGGAACGACGUGCAGAAGUGCAUCGACACGGUUAACCAGCAGGUUAACGAGGAGCACGAACGAGUCAUAGCAAUAGCAGAGAUCAAUGAAGCCCUAAACUCGGGUGACGUGGAGAAGACUCUGGCUGCUCUGCUGCUUCCCACCGCUAAACUACAGGGCGUCAACCCAGACACAGCCAAACACUAUCACGACGUACUGCUGCACACCAAGGAACUCGUAUGCAAGAACUCAGGGGAUGAGUCGGCUGUGCUGUGGCUGGACCAGAUUCAGGAGGCCAUACACACAGCCAACCAGGAGGAGGAGGAAGCCCACCGAUUGGCGGAGGCUGUGGCAGACAUCAACCUGAGUGUGUCUGAGGGUGAGACCCAGAGCACGCUGCAGGCCCUGCAGGUCCCCUGUGUAGCGCUGCGGGGGGUGCUGCCCGAAUGUGGAGAAGACUACCAGGCAGAGCUGGCCAAGCAACAGGCUCUCAAUGCUGCUGAAGGCGGUGAUGAUAGCGUAUGGGUGAAGCACAGGCUAAAGGACCGCUAUGACUUCUACUACAACCUGCAGACCCAGAAGGGCUCCUGGAACGAACCAGAGGAGUUUGUACACAACACCUCACAACUAACAAGAGAGGAGAUACAGAGCACAGUGGGAAGGGUGACGGCAGAGUACAACAGGGAGCAGCUGUGGUUGGCCAACGAGCCGCUCAUCGUCCUCCUCCAGGCCAGGAUUCGUGGAUACCUGGUGAGGCGGGUCCAUGCCGAGAGGAUGGAGUUCCUGCGGCAGCAGGAGCCCAGCGUGGUCACUCUGCAGGCCUGCUGGAAGGGAUAUAAGCAGAGGAAAUCUUACAAAGAUCGACUCAACACUCUUCAAAGCAACGUGGGCUCGGCAGUAAAGAUCCAGUCUUUGGUGAAGAUGUGGGUGGCCAGAAGCAGAUACACAAAGAGGCUGCAGUAUUUCAGAGACCACGAGAAGGAUAUUGUGAAGAUCCAGGCCUUCCUGAAAGCAAACAAAGCUAGAGAUGACUACAAAACGCUCACCGGUGCGCAGGACCCCCCUCUGUCGGUGGUGCGUAAGUUUGUGCACCUGCUGGAGCAGAGCAGCCUGGACGUGCAGGAGGAGCAGGAGCUGACGCGGCUCCGGGAGGAGGUGGUCACCACCAUACGCUCCAACCAGCAGAUGGAGAAGGACCUCAACCUCAUGGACAUCAAGAUCGGCCUGCUGGUCAAGAACAGGAUCACUCUGCAGGAUGUAGUGACGCAUAGUAAGAAGAUGAAGACGAUGAAGGCGAAGAUGAGCAGCGGGGGCCUGGAGGUGGGGGACCGGCAGGGCAUCAAGGGCCUCAGCAAGGGCAAGAGGAGACGCCUGGAGGCCUACCAGCACCUCUUCUACCUGCUCCAGACUCAUCCCACCUACCUGGCCAAGCUGAUCUUCCAGAUGCCCCAGAACAAAUCCACCAAGUUCAUGGACACUGUGAUCUUCACCCUGUACAACUACGCCUCCAACCAGCGUGAGGAGUACCUCCUGCUCAAGCUCUUCGAGUCUGCCCUCCAGGAGGAGAUCAAGUCAAAAGUCGAUCAGAUCCAAGACAUUGUGACAGGGAACCCCACAGUGAUCAAGAUGGUGGUGAGCUUCAACCGCGGCGCUCGUGGGCAGAACGCGCUGCGGCAGCUGCUGGCCCCCGUGGUGAAGGAGAUCAUGGAGGACAAGAGUCUGGUCAUCAACACCAACCCCGUGGACAUCUACAAGGCCUGGGUCAACCAGCUGGAGACACAAACGGGACAGGCCAGCAACCUGCCGUACGAGGUGAGUCCGGAGCAGGCCGUGUCCCACGAGGAGGUGCGCACCAGGCUGGAGUCAUCCAAUCAGAUGCUGUGCGCCGUGACAGACAAAGUGCUCAGCUCCAUCACUUCCUCUCUGGAGAGCAUCCCCUAUGGCAUGAGAUACAUUGCAAAGGUCCUGAAGAGCACGCUCCACGAGAAAUUCCCAGACGCCACUGAGGACGAACUGCUGAAGAUUGUGGGAAACCUGCUGUACUACCGCUACAUGAACCCGGCCAUCGUGGCGCCGGACGGCUUCGACAUCAUCGACAUGACGGCGGGCGGCCAGCUGCACUCGGAUCAGCGCCGCAACCUGGGCUCCGUGGCCAAGAUGCUACAGCACGCUGCCGCCAACAAACUCUUCGAGGGAGAGAGUGGACACCUCACCGCCAUGAACCAGUACAUCUCAAACACCUACCAGAAAUUCAGGGCGUUCUUCCAGGCCGCCUGUGACGUGUCUGUCCCCGAGGAGCGCUUCAACAUGGACGAGUACUCCGACAUGGUGACGCUCAGCAAGCCCAUCAUCUACAUCUCAGUUGAUGAGAUCAUUAACACACACUCACUUGUUUUAGAGCACAGAGAGGCCAUAUCCCCGGACCAGAAUGACCCGCUGCAUGAGAUCCUGGAGGACCUGGGAGAGGUGCCGGAUGUUGAGUCUCUGCUCGGUGAGGGGGCCGUGGAUCCCAACGACCCCAGCAAGGAGAGCACCCUGAGCCAGCUGGCCAAGACGGAGAUCUCCCUCACCCUCACCAACAAGUUUGAGCUGCCCGAGGGAGACGACAAAGACACCAAGGGCAUCAUGAUGAAAACCAAGAAGCUGAUUGUGGACGUGAUCAGGAUCCAGCCUGGUGACACCCUGACUGAGAUCCUUGAGACUCCAGCCUCCUUUGCCCAGGAGUUGGACCAUGGUAAGCUGGUGGAGCGUCGUGUGGAGCAGGACGCCAUCGCCCCCGAGGGCCUGAAGAGCAGCCAGGCGGCGCUGGAGGACCGGCAGCUACCCCUGGAGCAGAAGAAGAGGAAGAUCACGCGCAACCUGCGCACGCUGGAGCAGGCCGGCCUCGUCAGCAGCACCAACAAGUACCAGGACGUCAUCAACGACAUCUCCAAGGACAUUCGAUACCAGAGGCGCUACAGACAGAGACGGAAGGCAGAACUGGUGAAACUGCAACAGACGUUGAGUGCGCUGAGCUCUAAAGCAGCGUUUUAUCAGGACCAGAUAAACUACUACGACACCUACAUCAAGACAUGCCUGGACAAUCUGAACAGGAAAAAUGCCCGUCGUUCCAUCAAGCUUGACCGUAAGGGGGAGGAGAAGGGCAGCCGCAAGUCCACCAAGCAGCAGUCCCUGAAGUACACGGCUGCCAAACUGCACGAGAAGGGAGUCAUCCUGGAGAUAGAGGGCCUGCAGACUAACCAGUUAAAAAAUGUCAUGUUUGACAUCUCCCCCUGUGAGGAAGUGGGGGACUUCGAGGUGAAGGCCAAGUUCCUGGGGGUGGAGAUGGAGAAGGUGCAGCUUCAUUUCCAGGACUUGUUGCAACUGCAGUAUGAGGGGGUAGCCGUCAUGAAGAUGUUUGAUAAGGCCAAGGUGAACGUCAACCUGCUCAUCUUCCUCCUCAACAAGAAAUUUUAUGGGAAGUGAGAGAUCGUGCGUGUGUGCGUGUGUAUGUAUGUUUAUGUGUGUGCAAUUAUGUUUGUUUAAAUGGUUAAGCAGGUGUCAGUCAGUGUGUUUGUUUCUUUAUUUGUGUGUGUGUGCGUGUGCGUGUGCGUGAAACGGAAAACUGUUUGUGCGUCCCUAAGAGUGCCACUGGUGGAGUGUAUGUGUGUGUAUGAUGAGGAGAAAUGCCAAAGAGGUCACAUAUCAGUUAUACCAAAGGAGCAGAGAUGUAAUGUGUGCCUUCCCUUCAAAACAAUGUUUUUAAAGGCAUACAUGUAGAAAUGUUUAAUGUCAUAUGAUAUUUAAAUAAUUAUUGCAUAUUAAAUUAUGAAUUUUAAAUUGUACAGUGCUAGAAGUAUAAUGAGGUAGCCAAUAAAUGCUAUCAAUUGUCCACUGGGAUAAAUGUUUAAAAUGCAAUAUCUCACUAAAAUUAAGUGUGUUCCGAGACAAAAUUAUAUUAGUAUUCAUCAAUGUGAUUUGUCAUUGUGUCAAUGUCACCACUGUUUGUUUUAUGGUUGUUUAGUCUUUUCCACUUUGUUUUUAAUGUUCAAUUUUGUUCCAUGUCAGCAGAACAUUGUUCCUUUCACUCAUUAAAUACAGAAAGAAUAAAGACAGAAAAAAGUGAAGAAAUGCAAUGAACUGCGUAACGCACUACUGCCUCUUGCUAUGAAACAUGAGAGAAGUCACAGGUGUCCAACAUUUUCUGUUGUAUCAGUCUGGGGUGCAUUUCUCAAAACCAAAGUUGUUUACUACAUUAGCUACUUUGCCGUUUUCAAUGCAUUUUCCCAUUGGCAACGCCCGACGUUGCUAACAGGCUAACAACUUUUCUUUUGAGAAAUGCACCCCAGGGCCUUUUCCCAUAAACCGUGCCUUUCCGAACUGUUCAGAGAAACUGAAUUUAUUUUAAAUAUUUUUGUGUGACGUGUUAUCUUUAGAAAUGAUGCUUUUAAAAAUAACAUUGUCCGUGUCUUGUAAAUUAAGGUAAUUUCAAUAUCUUCUUCAAAUGAAACAAAAUGGAAAAUAAAUACAUUUUACUUUGCA